CUGCAAGGUGGGGUCCAAAGACGCUGUGUUAACCAUCCAUAAUCUGCUGGGGGUUCAACCCCUAAAAACAGCACACCCACCAUGUUUAACCUCAUGAAGAAAGAUAAGGACAAAGAUGGCGGGCGGAAGGAGAAGAAGGAGAAAAAGGAGAAGAAGGAGCGGAUGUCAGCCGCAGAACUGCGGAGCCUGGAAGAGAUGAGCAUGCGCCGAGGCUUCUUCAACCUGAACCGGUCCUCCAAGCGUGAAUCCAAGACGCGCCUGGAAAUCUCCAACCCCAUCCCUAUCAAGGUGGCCAGCAGCUCUGACCUGCACCUGACUGACAUUGACUCCGACAGCAAUCGGGGCAGCAUCAUCCUGGACUCAGGCCACCUAAGCACAGCCAGCUCCAGUGAUGACCUCAAGGGUGAGGAAGGCAGCUUCCGGGGCUCUGUGCUGCAGCGCGCAGCCAAGUUCGGCUCACUGGCCAAACAGAACUCUCAGAUGAUUGUCAAACGUUUUUCCUUUUCCCAGCGGAGCAGGGACGAGAGUGCCUCAGAGACCUCCACCCCCUCAGAGCACUCUGCAGCCCCAUCACCUCAGGUAGAGGUGAGGACGCUUGAGGGACAGCUAAUGCAGCAUCCUGGGCUAGGCAUUCCUCGACCAGGACCACGGUCUCGAGUCCCUGAGCUGGUGACUAAAAGAUUCCCAGCUGACCUACGUCUCCCCGCUGUGGUGCCCCCACCACCUCCUGCUCUCCGGGAGCUGUCGUUGCAACGGCGACCCACAGGAGACUUUGGCUUCUCGCUUAGGCGCACAACCAUGCUGGACCGGGCCCCUGAGGGUCAGGCCUAUCGACGGGUGGUUCACUUUGCUGAGCCAGGUGCAGGCACCAAGGACCUCGCCUUGGGGCUGGUGCCAGGAGAUCGACUGGUGGAGAUUAACGGACAGAAUGUGGAGAAUAAGUCCAGGGAUGAAAUUGUGGAGAUGAUCCGGCAGUCUGGGGACAGUGUGCGGCUCAAGGUACAGCCCAUUCCUGAGCUUAGCGAGCUGAGCCGGAGCUGGCUGCGGACUGGCGAGGGACACCGCAGGGAGCCGGCUGAUCUGGACCCCGAAGCCGCCUCUCCUGCCCACAGUCAGGUAGGGUGCUCCUGCCCCACCCAGGAGCCCUCUGCUUUCUCCGGUGACAACCCACCACCCCCAUCUUACACCUGGGCAGGCGUCUGUGCUCGGGCCUCCUGCUGGAGUGCCAAGACAGAAGACCAGAUUGCAGCUGAAGAGGCCUGGUAUGAGACGGAGAAGGUGUGGCUGGUCCAUAAGGAUGGGUUCUCCCUGGCCAGCCAGCUCAAGUCGGAGGAGCUCAGCCUACCAGAGGGGAAGGUGCGUGUGAAGCUAGACCACGAUGGAGCCAUCCUGGAUGUGGAUGAAGAUGACAUAGAGAAGGCUAAUGCUCCCUCAUGUGACCGUCUAGAAGAUCUAGCCUCACUGGUGUACCUCAACGAGUCUAGCGUCCUGCACACACUGCGCCAACGCUAUGGGGCUAGCCUGCUGCACACUUAUGCUGGCCCUAGCUUGCUUGUCCUCAGCCCCCGAGGGGCCCCUGCUGUGUAUUCAGAGAAGGUGAUGCACAUGUUCAAGGGGUGUCGGCGGGAGGACAUGGCACCCCACAUCUAUGCCGUGGCCCAAACUGCAUAUAGGGCAAUGUUGAUGAGCCGCCAGGACCAGUCCAUUGUCCUUCUGGGUAGUAGUGGCAGUGGCAAGACCACCAGCUUCCAGCAUCUGGUGCAAUAUCUGACCACCAUUGCUGGCACCAGCGGGAGCAAGGUGUUUUCUGUGGAGAAGUGGCAGGCCCUGUACACCCUCCUGGAAGCCUUCGGGAACAGCCCUACCAUCAUGAAUGGCAGUGCCACCCGCUUCUCCCAGAUUCUCUCCCUGGACUUUGACCAAGCUGGCCAGGUGGCCUCAGCCUCCAUUCAGACGAUGCUCCUGGAGAAGCUGCGUGUGGCCCGACGCCCAUCCAGUGAGGCCACUUUCAAUGUCUUCUACUACUUGCUGGCCUGUGGUGAUAGCACCCUCAGGACAGAGCUCCACCUGAACCACUUGGCAGAGAACAAUGUGUUUGGAAUUGUGCCAUUAGCCAAGCCUGAGGAGAAGCAGAAAGCUGCUCAGCAGUUCAGUAAGCUACAGACGGCCAUGAAGGUACUGGCCAUCUCCCCCGAAGAACAGAAGGCCUGCUGGCUCAUCCUGGCUUCCAUCUACCAUCUUGGGGCUGCAGGAGCUACCAAAGAAGCUGCUGAAGCUGGACGUAAGCAGUUUGCCCGCCACGAAUGGGCCCAGAAAGCUGCAUAUCUGCUGGGCUGCAGUCUGGAAGAGCUGUCCUCAGCUAUCUUUAAGCAUCAACUUAAAGGUGGUACCCUGCAGCGAUCCACCUCCUUCCGUCAGGGCCCCGAGGAGAGCGGCCUGGGAGAGGGCACAGGCCCCAAACUGAGUGCUAUGGAGUGCUUAGAGGGCAUGGCAUCCGGCCUCUACAGUGAGCUCUUUACCCUCCUCAUCUCUCUGGUAAACAGGGCUCUCAAGUCCAGCCAGCACUCGCUCUGUUCCAUGAUGAUUGUGGAUACACCAGGCUUCCAGAACCCUGAGCGGGGUGGGUCAGCCCGUGGAGCCUCCUUCGAGGAGCUGUGUCACAACUAUGCCCAAGACAGGCUGCAGAGGCUGUUCCAUGAGCGCACCUUCCUCCAGGAGUUGGAAAGAUACAAGGAGGAGAACAUCGAACUGGCAUUUGAUGACUUGGAGCCGGCCACAGAUGACUCGGUGGCUGCUGUGGACCAAGCUUCCCACCAGUCCCUGGUCCGCUCACUGGCCCAUGCUGAUGAGGCAAGGGGGCUACUAUGGCUGCUGGAAGAGGAGGCGCUGGUGCCAGGUGCCACCGAGGAUGCUCUCCUCGACCGUCUUUUCUCCUAUUACGGCCCCCAGGAAGGAGACAAAAAAGGCCAGAGCCCUCUCCUGCGCAGCAGCAAACCCCGGCACUUUCUCCUGGGCCACAGCCAUGGUACCAACUGGGUGGAGUACAAUGUGACUGGCUGGCUGAACUACACCAAGCAGAACCCAGCUACCCAAAAUGCCCCCCGGCUCCUGCAGGAUUCUCAGAAAAAGAUCAUCAGCAACUUGUUUCUAGGCCGGGCAGGCAGUGCCACAGUGCUCUCAGGUUCUAUUGCGGGCCUGGAGGGCGGCUCCCAGCUGGCCUUGCGCCGGGCGACUAGCAUGAGGAAAACCUUUACCACUGGCAUGGCAGCUGUCAAGAAGAAGUCACUGUGCAUACAGAUUAAGCUGCAAGUGGAUGCCCUCAUUGACACCAUCAAGAGGUCCAAGAUGCACUUUGUGCACUGCUUCCUGCCUGUGGCUGAGGGCUGGCCUGGGGAACCCCGAUCUGCCUCUUCCCGCCGAGUUAGCAGCAGCAGUGAGCUGGACCUGCCCCCUGGAGACCCCUGUGAGGCUGGGCUGCUGCAGCUGGAUGUGUCCCUCCUCCGAGCCCAGCUUCGGGGAUCCCGCCUGCUUGACGCAAUGCGCAUGUACCGCCAAGGUUACCCAGACCACAUGGUAUUUUCUGAGUUCCGCCGUCGCUUUGAUGUCCUGGCUCCACACCUGACCAAGAAACAUGGGCGCAACUAUAUAGUGAUGGAUGAGAAGCGGGCUGUGGAAGAACUGCUGGAGUCGCUAGACCUGGAAAAGAGCAGCUGCUGCAUGGGCCUGAGUCGGGUGUUCUUCCGGGCAGGCACGUUGGCACGGCUGGAAGAGCAGCGAGAUGAGCAAACCAGCAGGCACCUGACCCUGUUCCAAGCGGCCUGCAGGGGCUACCUCUCGCGCCAGCAUUUCAAGAAGAGAAAGAUCCAGGACCUGGCCAUUCGCUGUGUGCAGAAGAACAUCAAGAAGAACAAAGGGGUGAAGGACUGGCCCUGGUGGAAGCUCUUCACCACUGUGCGGCCCCUCAUCCAAGUUCAGCUGUCAGAAGAACAGAUCCGCAACAAAGACGAGGAGAUCCAGCAACUGCGCAGCAAGCUUGAGAAGGUGGAGAAAGAAAGGAAUGAGCUUCGGCUCAACAGUGACCGGCUGGAGACCCGGAUCUCAGAGCUGACAUCGGAGCUGACAGAUGAGCGGAACACAGGAGAGUCCGCCUCCCAGCUGCUGGAUGCCGAGACAGCCGAGAGGCUUCGAGCUGAGAAGGAAAUGAAGGAGCUACAGACCCAGUACGAUGCACUGAAGAAGCAAAUGGAAGUUAUGGAAAUGGAGGUGAUGGAGGCCCGGCUCAUCCGGGCGGCAGAGAUCAACGGGGAAGUGGAUGGCGAUGAUGCAGGGGGAGAGUGGCGGCUGAAGUAUGAGCGUGCUGUUCGGGAGGUGGACUUCACCAAGAAGCGGCUCCAGCAAGAGUUGGAAGACAAGAUGGAGGUGGAGCAGCAGAGUCGGAGGCAGCUGGAGAGGCGGCUUGGGGACCUGCAAGCAGAUAGUGACGAGAGUCAGCGGGCACUACAGCAGCUCAAGAAGAAGUGCCAGCGGCUCACAGCUGAGCUGCAGGACACCAAGCUGCACCUGGAGGGCCAGCAAGUCCGAAACCAUGAGCUGGAGAAGAAGCAGAGGAGGUUUGACAGUGAGCUUUCCCAGGCACAGGAGGAGACCCAGCGGGAGAAGCUGCAGAGGGAGAAACUUCAGCGGGAGAAGGACAUGCUCCUGGCUGAGGCUUUCGGCUUGAAGCAGCAGCUGGAGGAAAAAGACAUGGACAUUGCGGGGUUUACCCAGAAGGUCGUCUCCUUGGAGGCUGAGCUCCAGGACAUUUCUUCUCAAGAGUCCAAGGAUGAGGCUUCUCUGGCCAAGGUCAAGAAGCAGCUCCGGGACUUGGAGGCCAAGGUCAAGGAUCAGGAAGAGGAGCUGGAUGAACAGGCUGGGAGCAUCCAGAUGCUGGAGCAGGCCAAGCUGCGUCUGGAGAUGGAGAUGGAGAGGAUGAGACAGACCCAUGCCAAGGAGAUGGAGAGUCGUGACGAGGAGGUGGAGGAGGCCCGGCAGUCAUGCCAGAAGAAGCUAAAACAGAUGGAAGUGCAGCUUGAGGAGGAGUAUGAAGACAAGCAGAAGGCACUGCGGGAGAAGCGGGAGCUGGAGAGCAAGCUCUCCACACUCAGUGACCAGGUGAACCAGCGGGACUUUGAGUCAGAAAAGAGGUUGCGCAAAGACCUGAAGCGCACCAAGGCGCUGCUGGCAGAUGCCCAGAUCAUGCUGGACCACUUAAAGAACAACGCCCCCAGCAAGCGGGAGAUUGCCCAGCUGAAGAACCAGCUGGAAGAGUCGGAGUUCACGUGUGCAGCAGCAGUCAAAGCACGGAAAGCAAUGGAGGUAGAGAUGGAAGACCUGCACCUACAGAUUGAUGACAUCGCCAAAGCCAAGACAGCGUUGGAGGAGCAACUCAGUCGCCUGCAGCGUGAGAAAAAUGAGAUCCAGAACCGGCUGGAAGAGGAUCAGGAGGACAUGAACGAGCUGAUGAAGAAGCACAAGGCAGCUGUGGCCCAGGCCUCCCGGGACAUGGCACAGAUGAACGAUCUCCAGGCUCAGCUAGAAGAAUCCAACAAGGAGAAGCAAGAGCUACAAGAGAAGCUACAAGCCCUGCAGAGCCAGGUGGAGUUCCUGGAGCAGUCCAUGGUAGACAAGUCCCUUGUCAGCAGGCAAGAAGCAAAGAUCAGGGAGCUGGAAACGCGCCUGGAGUUCGAGAAGACCCAAGUGAAGCGUCUGGAGAGCCUGGCUAAUCGGCUCAAGGAAAACAUGGAGAAGCUGACUGAGGAACGGGACCAUCGCGCUGCAGCUGAGAACCGGGAGAAGGAGCAGAACAAGAGGCUCCAGCGACAGCUCCGGGACACUAAGGAGGAGAUGAGUGAACUUGCCAGGAAGGAGGCCGAGGCCAGCCGCAAGAAACAUGAGCUGGAGAUGGACCUGGAGAGUCUGGAAGCCGCUAACCAAAGCCUGCAGGCUGAUCUAAAGCUGGCGUUCAAGCGCAUUGGGGACUUGCAAGCCGCCAUUGAGGACGAGAUGGAGAGUGAUGAGAAUGAGGACCUUAUCAACAGUUUGCAGGACAUGGUGACAAAAUAUCAGAAAAGAAAGAAUAAACUUGAGGGAGACUCUGAUGUGGACUCAGAGCUGGAGGACCGGGUCGACGGGGUCAAGUCUUGGUUGUCAAAGAACAAGGGACCUUCCAAGGCAGCUUCUGAUGAUGGCAGCUUGAAGAGUUCCAGGACGGCUCUCAACAGCCUCCCUAAGGAGGGCAAGGGGCCAGAGGAGAGACCCGCCUCUGCACUCAGCUCCCUCAGCUACCGCAAGAGGCUCACCCUGAAAGACUCCAUCGGGGGCACUGGGGACCAGGAGUCACUCCUCACCACCCUGAGUGAGCGUGCCACCUCCCCUGAAAGGCCCCCUAGGAAGGCCCGUGUGGCCCCCAGGGAGGAACCCGACCAGGCCCAAGGCAGGAGGUGUGAGGAGCAGGAUGACUGCAGCUCCAUCUUCUCAGGGGCUGGGAGCCGUACUAGCCGUGGUCUAGAGAAGCGUUGGGGCUCAGACUUUGACAGAGCCUCCACUGUCUCUGCCCCAGUCAGCCGGGCCUCCUCGGCCACGCGUGGCUCUGGGGAGGAUAGGGCUCGCUCCUCUCUGAGCUUCUCACUGUCAGGCUCACCCAGCUCCCGCCGCAGCACAUCCAGACUCGACAGCCUGUCAAGGAACCUAAGCCCUUCCUGGAACAGGGCCUCAGGCCUGGACCGGGAGAGCCCUGACUCCCGGCUGUCCCUUGGCCAGAGCUGCCUGGAUGAGUGGGAUGAUGGAGCCAGCGUGGCCCUCAGUGAGGCACACUCACAAUUUAGCCACCCAUCACUGGCCCGGAGUCUGUCUGUGCCACCCCAGCCACGGGGCUCUGCCUCAUCCUCAGCCUCUGUCACUGAGGGCUCCAGCAUCCGACCAGUUAGCCGCCACUCCUACCUGGAUCCAGACCUGGAAGCUGCCAUUAACGAGGUCUUGAGCUACAAACCUGUGCCCUUCCAGCGGAGCAGCCUGGAGCCAGACUCUGAGGAUGACGACCGGAAGAGCAUCCAGAGUGCCCGUAGCGCACAGCUGGAUUGCCCAGAAAGGAGCACCAGCAUCCGCCGCUCUGCCUCUGCUGUGGAUGUCUCUGGGUCGCGCAGUGGCCGCAAAAGCCGGAGCAAGCGGAGGAGCAAACGGACCAGCCCCAGCUCCAGCUCCAGCUCCAGCUCCUCCAGCUCGGAAGGUUCCUCCGAGCACAGGCGGCGGAGGAAAGGGCGCUCUCGGAAGAGCAAGAAGAAAUCCAAAUCAAGAAGAAAGAAAACAGAGAGUGAGUCUGAAUCCUCCUCGUCCUCAUCCAGUGGCUCCACAGUCUCAGGCCACAGCCGCUCCAGUGUGAAAAGGGGCCCAACCACAGACAUCGAGGAAACCGGGCAAGCGCCAAGACGGUCAAAGAAGGAAGAGAAGCAGCGAAAGAAAGAGGUCGACAGUCUGAUGAUGCGGUACCUGUACCGGCCAGAGAGUGACUAGCGCACCCAACCAGUCACUGGAAGUCCCUCGCCCCUGACCCAUCAGAUGAUGAGAAUGGUCCUGUAGACAGCACCUCCAGACCCCGAUUCUCCCACAGCUAUUUGAGUGACAGCGACACAGAGGCCAAGCCGACAGAGACC